GGCAGUGACGCCGCGCGGGGGGCGGCGGUGGCGGGAGCUGGAACCGCGGUGGGUUAGCGGGGCGAGCCCCGUGCGGGGACGCUGCCCGCCGCCAGCCCCACGCCCGCUCCGCCCCUCUGGGACGCCGGCAGGGCGUGCGAAGCCGGCCGCGUGCCCUGUGCCCGGCCCUGGCGCAGGCUCUUGGGCUUUGUCACGCUUCCGUGACCCCCCAAAGGUUGAAGGCUGCUGGACGGGAGCGCUGCCGAGCUGCGGGCGGCGGGCCCGCGGAGCGCGGGAGCCUGGGAGUGCAAGUUGUGAGCCUCUGGGUGUGGGUUUAGGGGGCCGCCUGGCGUUCAACCCCGUCUAAGCCUCUCCCGCGGCUGGGAGGCUUUCCCGCCCCAGGGCCUGGAGCUGCGACCCCGGGGCCAUGGCCAGCGUCCCCCAGCUGUUCGACGACCUGUGCGAGGCCCUCCUGCCCGCGGCGAAGGCCCGUCUGGGCCAGCGCGGCGUGAGCCGCAAGAGGGCCAAGCAGGGCCUCAAGAGGGUGGCCUACAACGCUCUUUUCACAAACCUGUUUCAAGAGGAGACUCACAAGUUGCAGGCCGACCUCUCGAAACUCCCGGUGAAGAACAAGGUCCUUCUGCUGUCCUUCGACCUGAGAGCAGGCGGUCUCGGCCCCGAGGCUGACCGUUUGGAGGAGCUUGUGGAGGAGCUCCAAGCAGCCCCUGGCUGUCCGCUGACGGAGGUGGCGUCUGUUUUGGACCUCCUGGUCCGGCUGGCGGGCAGCGGGCCCCCUCAGGUUCUGCAGCGCAAGCGGGACUACUUCUUUAACAACAAGCAUGUUGGGAGAAACGUGCCCUACGGCGGCUACGACUGCUACGACCUGAGUGUGUUUGAGAUGGACGUUCAGUCUUUGAUCUCCAGAGAGGAGUACUUAUGUCAGGACAUGGUCCGGAAAGCACUUCAGGUGAUGGAGGCGGCACCAGGCACUGGCCUGCCCACCGUUGGGCUCUUCUCAUACGGUGACCCUUGCAGCGACAGGUUUGAGAGAGACACGCGGGUCUCGCUUUUCGGUGCCCUUGUGCACAGCCGCACAUACGACAUGGAUGUCCGGCUGGACCUGCCCCCGAUGCCUGACAGCGCAGACCUCUCUGGACUAGCCAUUAAGGUUCCUCAGAGUGUGGAUCAGUCGGAAGAUGAAGGGUUCCAGUCAGCAUCUAACUUGACUCCUGACUCCCAGUCUGAACCAGGCAUGACCCCGGACAUCGACCUGUGGGAUGCUGUGCUCACCUACGAGGCCAGCAAGCGGAGGUGCUGGGAACAAGUUGGAUGCCCCCCCGGCCACAAGGAGGAGCCCUACCUCACCGAGGCGGGAAGGGACACCUUCGACAGGUUCUGCAGGCUCCGCCAAGGGGAGCUACAGGUGCUGGGCGGGGGCCUCCUGCAGGCCCCACAGCCCGUCCUGGUGAAGGAGUGCGAACUGGUGAAAGACGCCCUGAAUGUCCUGAUCGGGGUCGUGUCUACCACAUUCUCCCUCUGCCAGCCAGCUCAGACCUUCACGGUGAGGCGGGGUGUCCACGUGUCGGGAGCGUCCCCCGAGAGCAUCAGCAGCCUGCUGUCAGAGGUGGCCGAGUGUGGGACACACUACGCACGCCUGAGCCAGUUCUCCCUGCAGCCUCUACUGGACUCUUCAUGCAGCAAGGGCCUCGUGCUCCAGGCCUUCACCAGCGGCCUGAGGAGGUACCUACAGUAUUACCGGGCUUGCGUUCUCUCCACUCCACCCACCCUGAGCCUCCUCACCAUUGGCUUUCUCUUCAAGAAACUGGGCCGGCAGCUCAGGUACCUGGCCGAGCUCUGUGGUGUGGGCGGCGGGGGACCGAGGGCCGAGUUCCCGACCGGGGUGAGGCUGCUGUCCUACCUGUACCAGGAGGCCCUGGACAACUGCAGUAACGAACACUACCCGGUGCUGCUGUCCCUGCUGCAGACCAGCUGCGAGCCCUACACGAGGUUCAUUCACGACUGGGUCUACAGCGGGCUCUUCCGCGAUACUUACGGCGAGUUCAUGAUCCAGGUGAACCACGAGUACCUGGGCUUCAGAGAUAAGUUUUACUGGACCCACGGCUACGUGCUCAUUUCCAAAGAGGUGGAGGACUGUGUCCCCGUGUUCCUGAAGCACAUCGCACAUGACGUGUACGUCUGCGGGAAGACCAUCAACCUGCUGAAGCUCUGCUGCCCCCGGCACUACCUCUGCUGGUCCGACGUCCCUGUCCCUCGGAUCUCGGUGAUUUUCUCCCCGGAGGAGCUGAAGGAGGUGGAGAGGGACUGCGCCAUCUACGUGGGGCGCAUGGAGAGGGUGGCGCGCCACAGCUCCAUCAGCAAGGAGGAGAAGGAAUUACGAAUGGAAAUCGCCAAACAAGAAUUGAUCGUCCAGGCCCGGGAGGCAGCAUCCAGGGUCCUGCGAGCGCUCAGUGACCGGCAGACGUCUGAACGCAUGGCCUUGGAUGCCCGGAAGCGAGAGCAGUUCCAGCGGCUGAAGGAGCAGUUUGUGAGGGACCAGGAGAGGCGCCGGGCGGCCAGGCAGGAGGACCCGGACGGCGACUUCGGCUAUGCCCGAGAGCUCCGUGACAGGGAGAGGAGGCUGAGGGCCCUGGAGGAGCAGCUGGAGAGGAAGGCGAGGCAGGCGCUGGUGGACCAUUACAGCAAGUUGUCUGCAGAAGCGGCUCGUCGAGAGCAGAAGGCGCUGUGGAAGAUCCAGAGGCACAGACUGGCAGGCGCGCGGCUGCGUUUCCUCGCAGAAGAUGAGAGGCGCACUCAGGAGAUGCUGAAGGACGUGUCCGAGAAGUCCUUGGAGGCCCCAGCCGUCCUCCCUGGUGCACACUCCCAGGCUUCGUCUCCAGGCCCCGAGCACUUAGCCGGAGGCAGCACCUGUGACUCUGGGUAUACAGGGCGGCACGUGGCUGCUCAUGAUUGUCCAAGCGCCCAGACACCGCAGCUCCCCCGGCCUCUGGUGGCGGCGGUCUGUGGCCCGCAGCCAGAGCGGGUGGACAGGCCGGGGCCAUUUUCCGAGGGCCUCGGUAUCCAAGACUUCCUGCCCACAGCCCGGGAGGCUGGAGAGGCUGAGCACGCUGGUGUGGCCCCCAUCCUGGAGGAGGCGCUGCAGACCAUCGGCUCAGACCUGCCUCCCUCUGCUGUGUCUGAAGUGGCGGGCACAGAGCCCUCUGGGCCACAGGAGUAUGAUUUCAGAACUAUCCUGAGGCCGGCUGUGGUCACCUUGGCUUCCCCAGCAUCUCUCCAGACUGUAGGAGGUGGCUCGAGUAAUGAGGGGCAGCAGUUGUGGGGGGACAGUCUCAUGCAGCUGGAGAACACAUGUGUCCCAGAUGGGCCAAUGGCUGUGCCUCACUCACACCCCCCUAGACUCAGAUCCUCCCAGGAAGGGAGUAGCCAGGCCAUGGGGCAGCUCCUUGGGCAUGUGCCAGGGGGCAGCAUUCCCGCAGGGGGUUAUGCUUCUGGGAUGGCUCCCUCGCGUCCACAGUGGAACGUCCACGGACACGUGUCUGACGCCAGCAUCAAGGUGGGAGAGAAUGUGUGCGACGUGGCCCCCUCCCGACCACGAUGGAACGUCCACGGACACGUGUCUGACGCCAGCAUCAAGGUGGGAGAGAAUGUGUGCGACGUGGCCCCCUCCCGACCACGAUGGAACGUCCACGGACACGUGUCUGACGCCAGCAUCAAGGUGGGAGAGAAUGUGUGCGACGUGGCCCCCUCCCGACCACGAUGGAACGUCCACGGACACGUGUCUGACGCCAGCAUCAAGGUGGGAGAGAAUGUGUGCGACGUGGCCCCCUCCCGACCACGAUGGAACGUCCACGGACACGUGUCUGACGCCAGCAUCAAGGUGGGAGAGAAUGUGUGCGACGUGGCCCCCUCCCGACCACGAUGGAACGUCCACGGACACGUGUCUCAGUCCCGUGUGGUGCUGGGUGCACUCUCUGGGGAAGACCAGCCCGAUACACCCGCACCCUACCAGAGCCCCACUGACCAUGAGUCCCAGUCAGGCCUCAGCCUGGGAGCACAGAGCCCUGUCGGGGGGCAUGAGCCAUGGCGGCCUGCAGACAGGGCCUCAGAUGGUUCAUGUAGUCACGUGGUCAGCUCCGGCAGUGGGGAGGCGAGUGACCAGGCUUCGCUGUCUGCAGUGGCUGCAUCUGGGGCUCUGGGAGACAGUAUCCCUGAGGAGCCAGGGAGAAGUGGGGACACUGAGGACCUCUCUCCAAGCCACCCUUCAAGCUCACAGGAAGGCGUGGCUACCGGAAGCAGCCCUGGCCUUGGUGAGGAGGAGGCUGCGGCCCAGCGCUGGGGCCAGGAGCAGGCCUACCUGACGGGCCUGGCGAAGCAGUACCGCCUGGAACAGUACCCGGACAGCUACGAGGCCAUGUCAGAGCCUCCUGUCGCCCACCUGCUACACCACGGGCUUCCGCGGGCCUUCUCCCUCCCCGAGGAACCCCGGGUCCGGUCGGAUGCAGAUGAGACAGCGGUGGAGCUCAGUGAGCUGCUGCCGCUGCCCGUGCUCAUGAAGCACUCCAUCACGGCCCCGCUGGCGGCGCACGUCUCCUUGGUGAACAAGGCCGCGGUGGACUACUACUUCGUGGAGCUCGGCCUGGAGGCGCACUUUGAGGCCCUGCGGCACUUCCUGCUCAUGGAGGAUGGAGAGUUUGCCCAGUCCCUCAGCGACCUGCUGUUUGAGAAGCUGGGGGCGGGGCAGACGCCCGGGGAGCUCCUCAACCCGCUGGCGCUCAACUCGGUGCUGAGCAAGGCCCUGCAGUACAGCCUGCACGGGGACACCCCGUAUGCCGCCAACCUCUCCUUUGCCCUCAAGUUCCUGCCCGAGGCGUUCGCCCCGAACGCCCCGGACGUGCUGAACUGCCUGGAGCUCAGGUACAAGGUGGACUGGCCCCUCAACAUCGUGGUCACCGAGGGCUGCCUGAGCAGGUACAGCGGCAUCUUCUCCUUCUUGCUGCAGCUGAAGCUGAUGAUGUGGACGCUCAAGGACAUCUGCUUCCGCCUCAAGCGUGCAGCCCUGGUGAGCCGGGCGGCCGGCUCCGUGCAGUUCCGCCAGCUGCAGCUCUUCAAGCACGAGAUGCAGCACUUCGUGAAGGUCACGCAGGGCUACAUCGCCAACCAGAUACUGCACGUCACCUGGUGUGAGUUCCGGGCCCGGCUGGCCGGGGUGGGCGACCUUGAGGAGAUCCAGCGUGCACAUGCAGAGUACCUGCACAAGGCCGUCUUCAGGGGCCUGCUGACCGAGAAGGCUGCACCCGUCAUGAAUGUCAUCCAUAGCAUCUUCAGCCUGGUCCUCAAGUUCCGCAGCCAGCUCAUCUCCCAGCCCUGGGUCCCGGCUGGCGGCCCACGGGGUGCCGAGCACCCCAACUUUGCCCUCAUGCAGCAGUCCUACAGCACCUUCAAGUACUACUCCCAUUUCCUCUUCAAAGUGGUGACCAAGCUGGUGAACCGCGGCUACCAGCCCCACCUGGAGGACUUCCUGCUGCGCAUCAACUUCAAUAGCUACUACCAGGAUGCCUGAAGCCACGACACAGCGGGGGCUUGCUGCCGUAGGAGUGUCCCCCGCUGUGUGCCCCGCCGGCCCCCUCCUCGGCCUCCAGGACCUCGGCGGCCUCGCCUUCCCUGUGGUAGGGGGCCUCCAGGAGCUUCAGCACCCGCCGCACCUGGAGAAGAGCAAGAAGAAGGCUUUUAGGGCCUGCCCGUCCCUCCUCACCCAGCCCCUGCUGCCGGACCCCGGGACGGAGGAGGGGCAGGUGUCUGCUCGCCUCUGAGAAGUCUCCGUUCUCGGCAGCCUCGAUGGCAUUCUGUGCGAUGUAGUUCCGCAGGACGUACUUGGGGUUGUUAGCACGCAUGACGCGCAGGCGCUCGGCCUGCCAGGUAUCACUGUCGCCGGCGCCCUCCCUGUCCUUCUCCAGCCGGGCUCUGGAAUCACAUCCAAGUUCAUCUUUCCAGCAGAUACCCCCUCCCACAUCUCCCGGGCUUGGCUCCCUGCACGGGGAGUCGUCUGCAGCCACGUCACGGGGAGAUGGUGAUGCGGGCGGUCAGCGCCCCGACCUGGAGCCUCACCGACCCCGGAUGGCAGGGCCGGCCUCACCUGUACUCCUGGAGCCAGUCGGCCCAGUGGCUCCUGUUCCUGCUCAGAAGCUCAGCCGAGCUCAGCUGCUCUAGCCGCGACUGCUGCUCCACGCGCUCCAGCUCCUUGGUGACGUUGGCUCGGGUGCCGAUGAGCGCGAAGAGCUGAGGGUUCGACUGCGCCAGCAUCAGCAUCAUGGAGAGCUGCCUGUGCAGAGGGGCAGCGUGAGGCGCGUCCCGACCACCGGGCACCCGGAAGAUGGCUGUCUGGGCACGGAGGAGGUGGCAAUGGCUUCAGCGGCUCUGCUGUGCCACCGCCAGCAGCCCCGGUGUGUGUGUGUGUGUGUGUGGGGGGUGACCCAGGCCCGACGGGCGAGGCAGCCGUCCACCCCUGCUCUGCGGCAGCCCUUCCGUGUCGUGGAACGAGUGCACCCUGAGGGGCGGGUGCUGCAGGCUGACUUUUCUCCCUGCUGCUUGGCCCCUGCCUGUGUCCCGACCCCACAGUGACUUCGCCCAGGGGAAGGUCACUGCUGGCUGCUUCUCCACAGUGACCACAGGGCUGGGUCCUCGAGGGCCCGGCGAGCAGGGACAGCACUGACCCCCCCUUCCCCAGUCACGCUGGCUUUGUGUUCCGUAGGCCCUGCUAGCCGGUCCUCCCUGUGCGUCCUGGCAGCCAGCAGCCACUCACCACAGCGCUGCACUAAAUUCUCUCGAACCACA